AUGCCGCAUGAAUACUACGAACUCUCUGGACUCCUUUUCUGGGUAAUUAUAUCCAUCGGUGCCAGAAGACUCAAGUCACAGCCAACACUGCUGCCGAAGCUGGCUCGUAACGUCAUCGACCUGCUCUGGAGAACUGUGCGAACUGCACCAUAUUCUGUGCAUGUUGUUCAGGCUAUUGCGUUGAUAUGCACCUGGCCAUUCCCGACAAGCAGCAGUACAUCAGAUCCGACAUUCAUGUUGACGGGCUUGAUGAUUCAGAUGGGCGUACAGAUGGGACUUAACCGUCCUGUUGAUGCACAGGACUUCUCGAAAGCGCCCUUGGAAUUGACUGAAAAGGAGCUUGCUGAGUGGACAAGGACGUGGGAAGCAUGUAUGAUUGUCUCUCAAAGUGCGACUAUUGGGUGCGGCUUGCAAACACCCUUACAGCAGUACGGCUCAGGCAUAUCGCAAGACAAUGGGGUACGCAACGAUAUAGAAAGCGCUGUCGACAACGCCAAGUUCAAAUACAACCUCAUGAUUGAGACAUUUCGAAGUCGAGUCACCAUGGCUCUGAUGGACCAACCACGAGAUGCCAGACAUCAGCCGGCUACUCGAGAACGACUAAUUCUAUAUCGGCUAUUCAACAAAGAGAUCACUGAAAUUGAGGGCAAGAACUUGAACAUCUCAAGUGCGACUGAAGUAAAGACGUGGCAUUCCACAGCGGCGCGGCUUCAUCUGCAUGCAUUCUACCUUUUCGACCAUGCUUCAUCUGAGGGCUAUGAAGAGCGCAUCUGUGCCCUCUACGUCACAGCGUCUUCUUUGAUCGACUCAAGUCGGAUGCUAGACGAGCGCCAAGUCCAAUUCUUCGACUACUGCCCCUUUUUCUGUUAUCAGAUCUUCGUAUGUGCAUCCAUGAUUGUCCUCAGGAUUGCAUCGAACGGCCACUUCCGCUCGUUGGUUGAUGCAACCGAGGGAAUGAAGCUUGUUGAAGCAUCCAUCACAGCUCUGAGGAAGAUGAGCGUGGUCAACAACGAUCUGCCAGCCCGCUUAGGCGAUGUCAUCGGGUUCUUUUGCGCCUUGCCCGAUCCCACCAAAAUCGGUGGCACGACAGUCGAGGAUAUCCAACUGAAGCAGGUUCGGAAUCGGCUGAGUGUUAGUGUCGUGCACGAUUUUCUGGCAACUUGGCGGAAGCACUUUAUGGCAGAGACCGAGGGCUCUGCUCAACACCAGCGCGUGGAAGGUGGUGGGUUGGGUGCGAGUAGUUUCAGAACACCUGUGGGCGAAUCUCUCCAUCUAGGUGGGCUAUCCAGUAUUGGAGACGCGCAAAACAUGUUUGGACUGGACUUCUCGUUUGAUAACUGGGAUUUCUCGGUCUAA